CUUCCUGCGACCACUUUUCCUGUUUCUCUGAGUGAGCCGCAGCCCUGACCCCAUCUUUCUGUCCCAGAUUUGUGUCUUGGCCCCUAGGUCUCUCUACUCCCCCGCCCCUUUUUCUCUCCACAACUUUCCUUCCUUGGCUCUCUUUCUCUAGAAGACACUUCCCACGGGACAUCGACAUCCCGCUUACAACGCCCCCUCCAUGGCAGGUUACUUGCCCCCCAAAGGCUAUGCCCCAUCACCCCCAUACCCAGUGACCCAGCCUGCUUCAUAUUCCAAUCCUGCGCCUGCCCCAGGCCACAUUGUCAACCUCUUUCCUUCCCCUGGUCCUGUGGCCCCCUUGGAACCAGAACCAGUUACUGUUCCCUUCCUGCAGUUGCCUGGAGUCCCUUCUGGCCUGGAAUUCCUUGUACAGAUUGAUCAGAUCCUGAUUCACCAGAAGAUUGAGCGGGUAAAAGCAUUCUUUGGCUGGGAGAUCUGUAACCGGUAUGAGCUACGUUCUGGAGUAGAGCAACCACUAGGCCAGGCAGUUGAAGAAAGCAGCUGCUGUGCCCAUCUCUGCUGUGGGGCUCGCCGGCCCAUGCGUAUCCGUGUGGCUGAUCCCAUGAACAGGGAGGUCCUACACUUGGUCCGCCCUCUACAUUGUGGGACCUGCUGCUGUCCCUGUUGCCUUCAGGAGCUGGAAGUACAGGCCCCGCCUGGUACAACUAUUGGGCAUGUACUACAGACCUGGCAUCCCUUCCUCCCCAAGUUCUCCAUCCAAGAUGCAGAUCGUCAGACACUGCUUCGAGUUGUGGGUCCAUGCUGUACCUGUGGUUGUGGCAGUGACACCAACUUUGAGGUGAAGACUAAAGAUGAAUCACGGAGUGUGGGUCGGAUCAGUAAACAGUGGGGAGGCAUUGUGCCAGAGGCCCUCACUGAUGCAGACCAGUUUGGCCUCCAGUUCCCCCUGGACCUUGAUGUAAGAUUGAAGGCUGUGCUGCUGGGAGCAGCUUUUCUUAUUGAUUACAUGUUUUUUGAGAGGCCGGGAGAUGCUAAUUCGGGGCCUUCGGUCAUCACCAGUUAGAGGCUGAUCAUGUAAUCAAUGAUAGGUAUCCUAGUCACAGAAUUCCAAGAUGUCUACCACCACCCUGACCUGGCCUGACCCCAGGAUCGAAGAUGACCACUACCACUCUCCAGGAUGAUGGUGUCUUGAGGAGAGAGAUCUAGGAGUGGAAGUUAGGGCUUAGAUAACCCAAAGAAAAGCUUGAAAGCCUUCAUUAUGAAGACUGAGGCUCUAUUCCCUGCAAGGAGUAGGGACAUACAAAUGCUGCAUGUGCUGAAUGCUAAGGGUCUUUGUUUUAGGCCCCUUUCUCUUUUGGAUCCUUUAACUGAUCCCCUAAAGGUUGCCAUCACUACUCUGGUAAUUUGCUCCAUAGUACCAUUCCAUUUUACUCCUCUUUCUCUGGUACCCCUCUCUAUCCUUCCCCCAGCACUAACCAUCUUCCUCUUCCCCUUAUUUACAUUUUUCUACCUCCUUUGUUCCUAAUAUGACCCCAUCUCCCCUCCUAGUAUCAUAAUAUCAAAAGAAAAUCUAGAUGUAGGGGCUGGGGAAUGUUAUUAUUACAGUAGCUCCCCACCACCACCACCACCUCAAAAAAAGGAAAAAAAUAACCUGCUAGAGUCAUAAACCUUUGGGACUCUUCCUUUUACAUAUAAAGAAGCUGAGGUCAAGUUAAAGUAAAUUGACCAAAAUCACACAGUGAAUUGGGGGAUGGGAAGGGAACAGAACUCUUGAUCCCAAGUCUUCUGAGCAGUGAUUUCCUCCCCUCAUUUUACAAUGUACCUUUUCUUCCCUGAACAACAUAGAUCCAGUCCCCCUGGAACCAUUCUUGGACCCAUGGCACUUUAAGAGGAGAUGAGUUAACCUUCCUUAUACAUGCUUUUUGGGGCUAGGGCCCUAGUACCCAACUAUCAGGUCCCCAAACAUCAUUUCUCCUGCCCUUUUCCCAAGCUGGUGCUUAUUGCAGCUUUUCUUAUGCCUUAUUUAACAUUUUUUUCUCCUCUCUCUGUCUGAGCACUAGGGAGAAUAAUGUGUCUUUGUAUGGUGUGUGUAUACAUUUGUUAUAUAUAUGCAUAUAUAUUAAAAACUUUCUA